GGGGAUAUUGGCAAUAUGGUUAUCUUCGAGGGCAUGAAGGCAAGCAGCAGCUUCCUCAGGUGUCUAGCCCCCUCACAAGGGUUUUUGGUGCACAGCUACUGGCUAAUGCAGCAGCUGACAAGAACAAGAAAUGUUUUGGUGCUGUGAAUGUGGAUGGAGUUGCUGCUGCAAAUGGAGGUGCCUAGAAAGCCUCCUUCUCAGAAGAGAGCUACAGUGAAGCCAAUCAAGCCUGAAGCUGUGGUUGUAAUCAGCCCUGACACUAAAGAAGAGGUGAAGGAAAAGAACAGCCUCCGCAGAAAGGCAGCAGCUGAAGAUUCAUCUAGAAAGACUUAUACUGCAACUCUCACUGCUCGAAGCAAGGCUGCUUGUGGACUGAACAUUAAAUUACCAAAGGAGAAGAUUGAAGAUAUUGAUGCUGGAGAUGUGUACAAUGAGUUGGCAGUUGUGGAGUAUGCAGAAGAUAUUUACAAGUUUUACAAGGAAGCUGAGAGUACAAGGUGCAUUCCUAUAACUUUAAUGGCUUAAGUGCAUUGGGUUUUAUGGAUGAUCUCCUACCUGGUUCGAAAUCCUUUUUCACUGCAAAAUCAGAUCUAUUCAAUCUGAUAGUAGUCAACAACGGCCUUCAUUUAUUUGAAGCUCUAAAUAAAUUUCAGGAUCCUGCGGAAGCUGACAAGCCUUUGAAAAUUCAAAGGGAGUUGGAUGAAACAAUAAAUAUUCUUGUAAGUGAUGUGCUGUAAUUUUAUUUAAUUUUUCUUUUGAGAAUGAAAAAUGUGCCGGAGAUCGAUAACGCUUUGAUGAACAAAAGGCUCUUGCUCUAGAAGUAGGUUUUGUGCAUUUUUUAUAUUAUCUUCAUUAUAUAUACUUCAGUACAUGAUAGCUGCACUUUUA